AUGAUCCGGAUAAUCCUCUGCCUUACUGUCACAAACAGGACUCGCGCGCACCCGGGCAGCGGCGGUGGCGUUCGCCAGAGAAGGGGAAGGUCUGCGGAGGGGAGGGAGUGGGGGGGUGGCGAGGGCGGGAGGCGGGGAGACCGGGCGCCCUCCUGCUGCGGGCGCACACCUAGCCCGUUGCCCCGCACCAGGCCUCGCAGCCUGGGCCAGGUGCACUGCCCGGGGCCGGACGCAGCAGUGCGGGCUCCAGGGUACACCCGCACCCUGAUCCGGGCCCUCGGGCUGGUUUCCGGUACACGCGGGGAAAUCGCCUCCUGCCAGUGUCCGCGCGCUCGUCUCUGUCUCCGCCGCCUCGACUGCGUUAUUUUAUCCGGGUUGCAGUAUGCGGCCGAUUCUGGUAAGGAGCCUGCGCCGCCGCCACCGCCUCCCGCUGAGUGCGGAGCUUUCCAGCCGUUUCCCGGCCGGCCCCCUUCGGUCUCCCUGCUCGCCUUCCCUGCAAAGUCAGGCAGGCGGGGGAAACAGGCUCCCUGCCCGCCGAUCGAUCGCGUGGAAAACUUUACAGCGGGAAGCGCCGUGUGGGGGAAGGAGAAGGCCUUGUGCUGGCUGCUGUCGCUUGUCAGUUUUCUUCUCCGGGUCCGGAGAGAGGAGACUCUGUGCCCUGGGGCUGUUACACAUUCAAACUUAGGGCCUAAACAUGCCUCCAACUCUCGCACUAUUUACUCCAGCCAUAAAAUAAAUAUUCAAAGUCGUCCACCUGGUCUUGUCGGGCAUUUGGGUCUUUUGAGAGAAAAAACAAGCUUGGGAAUCGAGGGAAGUGGGGGUGUUGUGCAGAAUCCAUUCCUUUAAUGUCUGCAUCGGGUGUUACAUAAUUUUAGUAGCACAUGGGUGCAAAACCCUUACUGGGCUUCUUCCCUCCUUUGUUUAUGUAACUUUUGGGAGAGUUUUGCAAGGUUGUCCCUUUUUUUUGCUUCCUCCCUAACCUGAAGAAGGGAGGUCGGUGCUUUUGAAACAG